GACUUAACAGGAAUAAUCAAGAUGGCGAACAUGAACGCGUUGACCAAAACAAUCGUAAAGGAUUAUACGUUUGAUGUGGAAAGCUCUGACAGUGCAAAUGAAAAUGAAUAUACAGCGGGUGGAGAUGGAGCUAGAAAAGCGGAGGACUCAGACUUUGUCAGAGUGGAACGACACAAGAGUAAAAAACACAAACAUCGAAGUAAACACAGAAAACAUAAACAUCCCUCACCAGAUGACAAGGACCACAAACACAAGCACAGGCAUAAGCGAAAACACAGAGACUCGAUCAGGAAUGACAGAGAGUUUUCCACAGACUAUGACAGUGGAAUCAUCUCUCCAAAGAGAUCCAGGCUGGAUGAUCUGGCUGCACUUGAGGAUCUAGAGAAACAGAGAGCCAUGAUUCAAGCAGAACUUGAUAAUGAGUUAAUGGAAGGAGCUGUGCAGUCAGGUAUGGGACUGAUCUUACAGGGUUAUAACUCCGACUCGGAUGAUGACGGUGAAAUCGAGGAAGCUGUGCAAAAUAGUGAGCGUUGGAGACAGGAUCUCAAUGAGCACGUCAUUGCCAAGAAACAAGGGGACCAACAGGUAACAAGGGAACCUGUAGGAUCUCCACAAGAUCACGUCGAGGAGGAAAAAGUUUCCUGGCGAGAAGACAGAAGCGCGUCUGGUGAGAAGGCGAUCAGGCAUCGGAAGUCAGAAAAAGAAACUGAACUAGAUAUAUGUGAUCCAAGCAAAGCAAGGGAGAGGAGACAAUCCUGGAGCACAGAGAGAUCCAAGGAUGAAGAUCAAAGUUCGAAAUCUCCUGUGAUGGCCAGAGGGCGGUCAUCUAGUCAUAAAAGGCAUGACACAGAGAUGGAGCGAAAAACAGACACUGGUAAAAGACGUCCUUCAACAUCGCCCGCACAGCGUGAUGAGCAGAACGUUGAACGUAGAAAUUCCAAAUCAGCGGAAAGGAGGAGCAAAUCUACAUCUAAAGAAAGAAAUACAAACUUGGCGGAAUGUGACAGAGACGGUGAAAAGAAACCAGUCAAGACAACUUCAAAAGAAACCUCAUCUGGAAAAGAAAAUCGAUCUCCUACUGGAAAACCAGUUUCAGAACAUAGCAGCCCCAGUGCGCAUACACGGGGUCACCGGUCCCCUGAACACAGCGCAGACAGGGCAUCUAGACAAGACAGAUCUUCUUGCUACAACAGAUCACCUACCAGGAGAGGCCGAUCUCGGUCUGCAGAAAGGAAACGGAGAGAAGCCGACCGCCCGAGACUUUCCAAUGAGAGGAUGCGAUCUCGUGAUGAGGCAGGGGGUCGUAGAGAGGAAAGCCCAUCUCUAAGCUCCAGGCGAAGAUUAAACCAUUCACCAUUUAGACGGAGGUCUCGUUCUCCCCGGAGACGCACAAGCAGGUCUCCUGUCAGACACAGCUCCAGGGAGUGGGACAGGACGGAUCGCAGACAUCAGUUACGUUCUAGAUCCCAGGAAAGGCGGAGGAGACGCAGCAGGGAAAGAGAAGACAUGUUUAAGGGUAGUCUGUCAGAAGGCAUGAAGGCCGAGAAGGAAGACUCUGAUGAAGAAGUGCUGGUGGACUAUGAAAUUAAUGAAGAGGACGAGGAGGCUUUAAUAGAGCAGAGGAGACUUCAGCGCUUGGCGAUUAUUCAGAAAUAUAAGUCUGUGAAUGAAGACAGUAACAUGUCAGGACUCUCAGAGCACGGAAGUCCUCAGAGCAGCAGACACAGUCGAUCUCCGUCACCUGAUGACAUCCUCGAGCGUGUGGCUGCAGAUGUUAAAGCCUACGAGCAAGAGAACCUGGACACGUUUGAGGACAACGUGAAGGCCAAGCUUAACCUUGUCCCUCAGGAAAAGGAUGGUGCUAAUCUGAAAAAGCCAACAGCCCCUGAUAUGUUCGCAGAGUCGGAUGACAUGUUCGCCGCUUACUUUGACAGUGCCAGAUUACGGGCAGCAGGCGUUGGAAAGGACUUUAAGGAGAAUCCGAGUCUUAAAGACAACUGGACAGAUGCAGAGGGCUAUUACCGUGUGAACAUUGGCGAGGUGUUGGACAAGCGGUACACGGUGUAUGGCUACACGGGACAUGGUGUCUUCAGUAACGUGAUCCGAGCCAGAGACUCUGGACGAGCCAAUCAGGAGGUGGCGGUGAAAAUAAUACGUAACAAUGAGAUGAUGCAAAAAACAGGGCUCAAAGAGCUGGAGUUUCUCAGGAAACUGAAUGACGCAGAUGCAGAUGAUAAGUUUCACUGUUUGAGGCUCUUCAGGCAUUUUUACCACAAGCAGCAUCUGUGUUUGGUGUUUGAACCGCUCAGCAUGAACCUGCGGGAGGUGCUGAGGAAGUACGGAAAGGACGUGGGGCUGCACAUCAAGGCUGUGCGCUCAUACAGCCAACAGCUUUUCUUGGCCCUCAAACUGCUGAAGCGAUGCAACAUACUGCAUGCUGACAUCAAACCCGACAACAUCCUGGUAAAUGAGUCCAAGACCAUUUUGAAGCUUUGUGACUUUGGUUCCGCAUCACACGUUGCUGAUAAUGACAUAACACCCUAUCUGGUCAGCCGCUUCUACAGGGCACCUGAGAUCAUCAUUGGAAAGUCGUAUGACUACGGGAUCGAUAUGUGGUCUGUGGGCUGCACUCUCUACGAGCUAUACACAGGAAAAAUCCUUUUCCCUGGAAAGACCAAUAACCACAUGCUAAAACUUGCCAUGGACCUUAAAGGAAAAAUACCUAAUAAAAUGAUCAGAAAAGGUCUUUGCAAGGACCAGCAUUUUGACCAAAACUUGAACUUUUUGUACAUAGAGGUCGAUAAGGUCACUGAAAGGGAAAAGGUCACAGUCAUGAGCACCAUUAACCCCACUAAGGACCUCCUGAUGGACAUGGUGGGUCGGCAGGCACUACCGGAGGACCAGCGAAAGAAGGUCGUUCAGCUGAAAGAGCUCAUGGACCAGAUCCUAAUGCUGGACCCGGCCAAGCGGAUCACUAUCAACCAGGCAUUGCAGCAUUCGUUCAUGCAAGAGAGGAUAUGAGCAUCUAACCAUACGUCAGAGACUCCUGCACGUGAUGGUUUUGUAUCUGCAGAUACUGUUUGACAACAAAAGACAUUUGAAUAUUUUAUUGGUUGUAUUGCCGUUUUAAAAUCAAUGCUAUUUUAGUGGUUCAGAUUUGUGGAAACAAUGAGGUUUUUCUUUAUUUUUUAAAUUCACUACGACACACCGUAAAUAUAUUCUAUAUUGUUCAGAAUGCAUGCUUCAUAUACGCAGGUUUUUGUAGAGAAUAGAGGCUAAAAUAAUAUGAAUGUCAACUAUAUUUGAUAUUACGCUCAAGGAUCAGAAUGUAAAAUGUCCAUAUGUGCUAGAGCGUUUUACAUUCUUGAACAAAUAUAACUCCGUCACCAAGGACUUAUAGAGUUGCGAGUGUCAGGCCAGCAUAAAUGCUGUCUAUAUCCACCCUCCCUCAGGUGUGAGUGAGAGCGAAACCUGGCGCGCAGGCAGCGGCAAACCCUCGCCACAGGUGUGUUUCUGCUGAACCUGAGGUCUUGGGUCCUGCUUGACCUGGUCUGCAGGGAAAAGCUCCUCUGUAAAGGCAGGUUGUGCACCUCUAUGAGUACACUGAAGGUAAGCUUACCCUACCAAACCAAUCGGGAUCGUCGCGCACUUACGGCUUCUCCUGCAUCUGAAUAUUUGCAAUGGAUCAAGCACCUUCAGUGUACUGCUAGACAUACUUAACUUUAUUUCAGCGAUGUUUUCACAUCAUAGUUUUUGUACAACCUAUUGAGUGCUCUUUGCAAAUGCAUGAGCUGAUGUUAUAUGUACGGCUUCAGAUCCACUACUGUACAAACCCUGCGAUGUUUCUCUGUGGAUAGGAAAUGUAGAUGUGUUGUUUGUGACUGUUCUCAUGUUUGUGAUCAUGUUGUCUUUUGAUACAGGGGUUUUCCUGCUCUGAUCUAUGAAUCUGCUUGUUACGAGCGGUAAUUUGCUUCUUUUCUUCAUAUCUUUAUGUUUGGAAUUAAAAGGAAACAGAGGUCAUGCUGGAAGAAUUCUAUGCUUGUUAUCUUUUGCAAAGAAGUCUGCAUGAAAAUGUCAUAAUUUGAGUUUACUGUAAAUUGUUACCUUUAAAUGAUAUAAAAUAAAGACGUUUGUGGUGUCGUAAUACAGGAAACGUUCUUGUUUGUUUCAUCAACACUAACUGCUGUUUGUGCUGUUUCUCCCACUGCUCUUUGUGUUCGAGUAUAAUCUCUGGCCAAUGGAGACACAGCCCCCUGUCUGCCUCUGCUUUCAAAGGAACAAGACAUCUUCAAGGCCCUUUAUCCAGGUCACUCCAUAAGGCAUGUUUAGAUGUAACACAAAGCUGAUGCUCUGUUCAAAAGUAUCAUUGAUCGUAGUUAUGAUUGCUAUAACUACAAUAUGAUUGUAGCUUAUGAACAGUUUAAGGAUUUGUUUUUGCCAGUUUUAGUCCAGUUUGUCUGGUCAGGACUCUGUCCGUAUAAUAUAAUCUUCAUGAAGUUCCACCGUUGGUUUUAUCCACGAAAGUUCAUUAUGGGGCAGCUGUAUAUUCCAAAACAUAAAUAGAUUGAUUAAGUCCCUAUGUCAGCUGAUUAUUGUCCAUUUCCCCAGGAUGUUUCAAGAGCGUGUGCUGUCUGUGCUGUACCAAGAUACUGGUAUAUUUAUUCUCUGUAUUUUAGGUGCUGUCCAUUAGAGAAGAUUCUUAAAGGGAAGUCUCGUCCCGGAGAAAAGGUUUCUGUUUUAGAGAGAGCUGUUAAUGACAAUUACGUUUUUGUUUUAAAGGGAUAGUUCACCCAAAAAUCAUUUACUCAGCCUCAAGUUGUUCUAAGCUUGUGUGUAAAUUUUGUUGCUCUGCUAAACACAAGGAAAGAUAUUUUUAAUAAUGUUAGUAACCUAAAAACUACAAUGUUAGACAAUGGUGGGCCAGAACGGUUUAGUUUCCCACGUUCUUUAAAAUAUCUUCUCUGCGUUUAACAGAAACAAGAAUUUAAUAGUUUUGAUACAACUUGAGGGUGAGUACAUGACAGAAUUUUCUUUUUUGGGUGAACUAGCCCUUUAAUGUUGUUUCUCAUAUAGUCUUUGUACAAUUUGAGUUACUGAUUCGGAUUGUUUGUAUCCUUAGUUAAGCAAACACAAAUAGAAGCUAUGGUGCAUCACCUUAUGCUUAACCCAAUUUAACUCAAGUUCUAUACUACUAUGGAGUAGUUUCAAGAUACUUGUUGUAGUUUAUAAUUUGGCCUAUUAAAUGCCCAAUUUUCAAUCAAAAGGUAAUACUUUUCAUUUGUUUACCAAUGUCUUCUACAUUUGGUACCUACCGUUUAAAUCAAACUAAUAAUUUCUCAAUUCUAUUGCAGGGUAAGUCUUAAAAUUCCUCCUGACUGCCAUGAUCACGUGACAAUAAGUGUGAGAGAUAACCUGUCUUGUCUGCGGAUGUCCUGCUGUAUUAUUGAAGUGCCUUUCAAGUGCUCAUCUCAUCCACUAAUGGAGGAAAUUACCCACUGCAGCAUACUAUGUGUUUAUUAUGUGUAUUCAGUUGGACAGCCUGACAAUAAAGAGCAACUUUUACAAUGA